UGCAUGAACAUGUACUCUUGGACAAAUGCAGUGCAGUGAUUUCACUCACAGCAGGAACGACUCACCAGCAGGUUGGAUCCAAAACGGACCAAAAUGAGGAAGUGAUUUCUUACACAAAGGAUUUAAAAUAGAUUUAUCUUUCUUUGUGUUAAUAUCACUGUUGCGUUGCGUUAAAGUUGUGGUUCAGAAGAAGUUGGCCGAGGAGACAGCGAUGCCUUCUGUGCUGGAAGACGAUGACGCAGGAACAGAAAGUGAGAAGCUGCAGCUGGGGGAGGUAGGAAGACAACCGAGCAGCCAAGUUGGCAAAGCAACUAGGCAGCUGAGAGCGAGCUGGACAGAGGUCGACGUGCGUGGGCCAGAGGACGGACCCUCGAGCCUCGAUGGUAAUGAUCAAGACAGAGGUGAACGAGAGGGUGAAGAGGAAGACAAGGAUGAGGAAGAGAAGCUGGGAGGAGAGGAGAGUGUGAUCUCUGAUGAGGACUACGACACAGAUUUGGAGCUCGGAGGUAAGGAGAAGGCGUACGACCCCUCGAGGAAGACGUGCUACAUGAAGGCAUGUGAAAUGUUGCAGGUGGUGCCUGCCUCUUACUUCCUGCGACACGUGAGAGAUAGUGAGCUGAACAUGAUGCAUCGUGGCCUCGGGCCUCAGGGCGCCAAAGCACUGGCGGUUCCCCUGGUAACCAACACUUCAAUACUGAGACUGAACCUGAGAGAUAAUUGGAUGGAAGGACUGGGCGGAGCUGCUAUAGCCGAGAUGUUAAAGGAAAAUUGUUACAUUACAGAGGUGGACCUAUCCAACAACAAUCUUGGGGAUAAAGGGGCCAGAGCCAUAGCUGCAAUGCUAAAGGAGAACGGCACCCUGGUGAGGCUCAACCUGUCAGGAAACCUUUUCACAGACCGCUCUGCUGAAUUCCUCGGCCCGGCUCUCGUCACCAACACCAAGCUGCAGCACCUCGACAUGAGCUACAACGCUCUGAGGGAGCAGGCAGGACAAAUCCUCGGAGACGCUCUGUCAGAAAACAUGGGGUUGAGAUCAGUCAGUCUGGCCUGGAACGGCAUCCGAGGGAGAGGAGCUGUGAUGUUGGCCGAGGGUCUCGGGGGGAACAUUUCACUUAGAGCAGUGGAUCUGUCGUUUAAUGGCUUCGGUAAAGAAGGAGCUGUUGCUUUGGGGCAGGCUCUGAAGGAGAACAACGUUUUGGAGGAGUUGAAUGUGAGUAACAACAGAAUCCCCCCUGAAGGAGCCGUCCGCCUCGCCGCCGGCCUCAAAGUAAACAAGACAAUCAAAUCCCUGAAUAUGGGUAGGAACCCCAUCCAGAAUGCUGGGUGCUAUGGGAUCCUCAAGUCUCUGCUGGAAAACAGAGAUUCAGCCAUGGAAGCUUUAGACUUUGCCAGCAUCAUGGUGAACCAGGAUUUUGAAGAGUUGCAUGCAAAAGUGAAAGAAAUACUCCCUGCACUUACAAUAAACCACGGGGGCAGAAUUGGCACAUUCGGAAAAGCAAAAGCUUGAGAAGUGGUAAUUGCGGCACUUCUCAUGCCAGCGAAGAUGGAAGAAGUCUUGUCAAAGCCCCGUGAACGUUUUCCUCAACACGUGAACCGAAGGAUGGGUGAAUGCAAG